UUGCUCUGGUAUCAUCUCGAGAAGAAGAGAAGGAGGAAAGCAGGCCAGCAGCCACCAUGGAGGCGACGUGCUUGGAUUCCAAUCCUGCAGAAACAGGCAGCAGCAGCAAAACGUCCGAACACUCUCCGCCGGUCACGAAGCUCUCGCCCUGCGCCGACGCCUCUGUCGGGCCACCAGCGAACUCGGCGCACAGAGGUGGGAACGACGGCAUCGCCGUGCUGCCUCCCAUUGCGGUUCAGCCUGUCCCCGCAGCGACGCCCGAUCUCUCGCCGAGAUUCGGCGCGUGCAAUGUGUGCCUGGGCGUGUGCGCCGUGUUACUGUUCGUGCUGUCGGCGCUGUUCGCCGGCAUGAUGACCUUCCACACUUUCCGGCGAGUCGAGUUCGUCAGCAGGCUGCUGCAGGAGGUCGUCAACGAGACAAGGCGCCUCGACCUCCGUGCGGCCGCCGCGACUCUCGACGCCAGUACGACGCCGUUGUUAGGGAUCCGGGACGGACUCGAUCCCGACAGUGGAAACGCCGAGGACGAGUCCGUUGCGAUUGAUAACGGCACGGGCGUAUAUUUUCUAAGACUUCGCCACUGACA